AAAACAGAUCACACGAGCAGCUCGCCCCCGCUGCGCUUCGGCCCUCGAUGCUGUUACCCGUGUCAGCAACAUGAGAUACAGCGACUACAUCCCUCUUGCGACUCACCCAGGCCGACCCCCGACCUCCGCGACACUCCAGCCGCCCGGAAGGCUGCACCAGUUCCGUUACAGACGAUGGGCUAUUCUCGGCACCGGUCUUGCGAUAGGUCUUAUUGGCUUCUAUCUCAUCUUGUCAGCCGUCGACACAGAAUUGGACGACGACGACCUCUUCGAGGAACCAGAUUAUAUUCCGGAGUAUCAUGCGGCGUACCUUCCUUUCGAGCCACCACCACAGCGACCGCCCUCCUCUCGCCUGACGCCCGUCCAAGUGCUCCCUGACCACUGCAGAGAUGCCUACUUUUCCACCGGGGCCCUUUGCUAUGAUCCAAAAAUUCCCAACUUUGACGUAGUCUGGACGUGGGUCAACGGCUCGGACGCCUUGCUUCAGGAGGCGAAGCAGGCAGCAGAGAAGAGCUUUGCGCCAGAUGACCCGUACCGGCCAAAAUCCUCCAGCGAGCAGGCUAGGCAGUAUAGGGACAACGAUGAACUGCGGCAUUCGAUGCGGUCGGUUUUGGCGAACUGGAAGACAUAUGCUGGCAAGUUCCACCUCGUUACUUCCGACUUCGCUGUACCCGAAGGUUUGCCAAACGUGUCGCUACCGGAGAAAUGGAGGCUCGGUCAAGUACCGCAGUGGCUGGACAUGGAGAACAGGGCAUGGCGAGAUGGCAGUGUCGAGCUCAACGUUGUCCACCACGCGGAGAUGUUCAGACCGUAUACUGGCAAGACUUUUAACAGCUAUGCAAUCGAGUCGCAAUUUGGCAACCUUCCUGACGUGUCUGAAUACAUUGUAUAUCUGAAUGAUGACUUUUACAUGUCCAAUCCACUCACUCCGAGGACAUUUCAUACUUCUGCUUACGGCCUCGUCCUUCGCAUGGACCUCGGCAUCAUGGUCUCGCCAGAGAAGCCGGCACCUGACGAACCACGCGGCGAAUGGCGCAGCAUGGGCGAGAGCAACGUCCUGCUCAGCGACCGCUUUGGCGCCCGCCACCGUCCGUACGCCCUGCACGAGGCCAAGGCCGUCUCGAUGUCCAUCAUCCGCGAGCUCUCUGCGAUGUGGGCACCGCACCUCGCGCGCGCCGCGACGCACCCCUUCCGCGAGUCUGUCUCCGGCGCAGGCGACGUCAGCAUGUUCUUCCUCAUGGCCCAUUUCCUCGUCGAGCGCUGGCGCGAGGCGCUCCUCUGGUCGUGGACCGUCGCGAAGCACGGCGGCCUCGACGACGAUUGGGACGGCGAGAUCAUGCGCCGCGCGUGGCUCGAGCUCGGCGGCGGCGAGGGCGCGCGCGAGCUGACGGUGCGCGCCGGCCUGCGCGAGACGCUCGAGCCUGACCGCGUGCACGCGUACCUACGCGAGAGCGGACACCGCCAGGCCGACAAGACGUUCUACGUGACCUCGGCGCUCGACGGCUACCCGUACAUGUACGUCACCGAGGCGGACCACCACGACUGGCAGUGGUUCAAGCCGAGCAGCGUCUCGGAGGACGACCUGCCCGAGUGCACCAUCUGGUACGACGAGUGUUUCACGGACGGUGGCGCGCCAUUCGAGCGUGCCUCUGAACUCUUCAAGCACAUUGCGUUCCGCAGCCCGCAGUGUGGCGAUUGCGCCAUUCAGGUUUUAAUGAAGGCCAACGGUCGCCUCGGCAUGGAGGCGUUCCUGCCGUCGCCGUUCCGCACCGUGUCUGCAUCACCAAAUGCCCAAGCUUCCGAGCAGGACGAGGUUCCGCACUUGUCGCUCGAGCAGCGGUGGGAAGACGGCCAGUUUGACGUCAAGGCCGUGCUCGGUAACUCUCCGCGCCAAGUGAAUAUUCGCGACUGGACGCUGCGUCUGCUCGAGCGGUACCGCUUUGUCGUUGGGUUCACGCCGUAUGCAUUUGUCAUGCUCGAGACCUACGAGAACGCGCAGGGCGCCCUCGGGUGGAUCGACAGCUACACGGACGCGUCGCUGCUGUGUAUCAAUGACGAUGUCAAGGAGGGCGAAGAGCGCGUAUCGGACAUGUUCCGAAAUUGGCAGGAACGGCGGUGGGGAAAACCUGCGGCGUGGGAACGGAUACCAUAGUAUGUCGCACGAGGGCAAAAUGCUGAGAGCACCACAAGGAUACACAAUCUUCUGUACUAAAUAUAUACCACGGGAUGUACUGAUCAAGUCAAUAGACAGUAAUGUGUAACUCAU